UUGACAUUAAAAAGACAUUUGUGCUAUAACCGAGAAAUAUAGGUUUAAAUUUAAAUUGAAUAGUUAAAACAUGGCUAAAACGUUGCACACCAAACCUCAUGAAGUUCUUUACUGUCCCAAGGAAUCCGAUUGGGAAGGCUACGCAAAAUACAAAGAUAUUAAUUAUGAUUGGGCUGAUAUUUUAAGUAUAAAGAGAGCAAGGAAAAAAGCGGGUACGUGGAAUACGUACAAGAAACCACCAAUGCCGAACGAAAACGCUCACCUGAUAUACAACCACCGUUUCUUAAGAAUACCAAAUUUGAACCCCAGCCUUUUUAACAACACGAUUUCGCUCAACACGUACCUGCAGAAUCCGAAGAAACUAUUGAACAGGAUGGAGGAGACAUAUUGGUCCAAUUGGAAACCAAAUAAAAUCAAAUCACCGCAGACGAUUAACAGAAAAACCAAGCGACAGCAAAAAGAGCGAACGGAAGAUAAAGCGCCUCGUCCGGAAAAAGAACCCACCCAAUUAAUCGAUUAUUUCGCCAAAUCCAAUUUCUCCAUCAGCACUCAAUCCGAAGAUAACCGCCCGAUGCCAUGUAGACCAGAAACAGACAAGUGCGACUACAAUCACACAGCCCAAGAUCCAUCUUCACCCAACCGAUCUUUGAGCAGCAAUAAAACCUACUGCGUACGUUCCACCGCAUCCGCAGAGGUUCUGAGCGCGAACAAACAACAGUCGCAUGUGCUGAUUCCGGGGGACAACGAAAACGACAGUUCGACGAGAAUAAAAAUUCUCCAACACAACGAUUCGUUGGUGCUGGCUAGAAAGAUGCAAGAAGCGCCUAAGGUGCAUUUGCGUCAGCCGAAGUGCAUCAAACUUUACAAAAACAAGCCCAAGGGUGGGUCUUACCCUCUCGCGCCUGUUGGGAAAAAGAAUCCGAACGUUAAGGGGAGUUUCAGAUUGGCGGCGCCCGGGAGUCCCGUGUUAAUAACCGGGAAUUCUUUGGGCGGGAGUAGUGGUAGACGGAGGAACAAAAGCGGAUAUUAAUUUGUUUGUUAAUGAACGAUAGUUGAAUUUGAAUAGUAACUAUGAGUGUGCAGUGUUUUUUCCUCCUUAUUUGACAGUAAAAAGUAAUUAAAUUUGUUAUGUAAAGUUUCAUAUAAAAAA